GGAUGAUCAAACGGCUGACGGCACAGUGUCCACGAUUACAAUGGUAGCCGUUUUCUCCGUAACACCGAAGCGGCAAACUAACGUUAAACAAGCGCUUUAAACUCCCCACUAACGUUACUGAGGAAGAUGGAGUGAAGAGGAGCCGUGUAUGGAAAACCAACAGAUACAUUUGAAAGGAGCCGGUCAGGUGGCGUGGAUUCCGCAGAAAGCUCGAGUCGCCCUGGCGGUGUCGAUAAUCAAGAACAGGCCCGUGGGUAUGAGUGGCAGAGAGCACGCUGAGGCUUUAAGCUGCAAGAUGAGGAGUCAGGAUGAAAGCUGGAAGAAGAAAGCCCAGGAGCUGCAGCAGGAGGUGCUGAGGCUGCGGCAGGAAUCACUGAUCGCCCGAGUGACGUCCAACACAAAGAGCUCCACACUGACUGCAGGUCAGGACAACUCCAUGGACAUGUCUCAGGAUCUGUUCGGCCCAGGAAGUUUGGCCUGCAGCCCUGACCUCCAAGCAGACUCAGAGACCCCUGAACUCAUGCUGCAGGACCCCCAGCCUGCCCCCACUCCCCCUCAGCCUCCAGUCCUCUCCAGUCAUCAGGGAACUCCUCACCUUAGACCUGCUCUCCCUCACGUGGACUUCCUUCAGUCCCUGUGCGCUCUGCACCGAGUCGAGGGAAACAGCAGAGGUCUGGAGUCGCUCUGGUUCUGCUCUGACGGAGAUGCCGGAUCAGUGCUCGCAGACUCAGUGUGCCAGCUCCUUAAAUCGGUGGUGUCUGCGUGCAGGGACCCCCCUCCGCUUGGACCCGAUGACCUGGUCCUCCAGGGCUGCCAGGUGGUGGCCAAAGUGAUGGAUCUGUUCUGCUCUCAGAGGAUGCCGUCCACAGAGUUCACGAGGCGGGUGGAGGAGUCCCUGAAGGAGCUGACUGGGAUUCUGCUGCACGGUCAUCAGCUCAGCGGGCUCCGGGCUGCAGAGAGGCUGAUGGAGUACCUGAUCACGCUGGGGAGCAACAGCAUGUCAAAGUCCUUUCUCAUCCGUCACAUCCUCUCUGAAAUCAGCACUCUGGCUGAUCAGCUCUGGCAGGCCUUCCAGGGGACCUCAGCGUUGGACCAGUUUCCAGUGGACCAGUACCAGAACUCGUGCUCCCUGUUCUCCGUGGUGGAGCAGCUCCUGCAGAAGUCAAAGGUACCGUGCCGGGUGGAGCUGAGGUCGGAUCAGUCGGGCUUCCUGAGACACUUGGAGCAGCGGGUCUUUCUCCUGUCCAGUGAGUUCCCGUUGUUUUCCAUCUACAUGUGGAGGGUAGGCGGUCUCCUCACCUCCUCGGACUCAGAAAAACCCUCCUAGGAGGCGUCAGUCAGGUUUUCACUCCGCUGUAAAUCCAAACAACAGAGAGGCUAGAGGAUAAGUCUUAGGUUGUUCUACAUUUCACUUACUGUCAACUCAGAAAGACCCAAAACCAAAUAAACGAUCUCUCCCUCCAGA